GUGUAAACAUGAAAGUGAAGUGGAAAAGCUUGCAUGGGUGUCUUUGGCUCGUUAUCCAAAUUGCCUUUUCUCAGGAACUAACGUGUACCAGUACAGACAGCUGCUCAUGUACACUAUCUGAUGGACAUGGUAAAAUUGACUUAAAGAAAUUGAAUGAAACUGUUUCAAACAGGGUUAAGUUGCCGGUGUUUUGGUUCAGUCCAUGUCAUUCAAUCUCUGUUGUUAACUCAAGUGGUAAUUGUAGUAAUGUCAAUCUUUGUAUGCAAGAUAAAAAUGAGCAUUACCGCUGUCUUGGAGCCAGCAAGCCAGAAUUUCAUGUCGAGGAGAGAAAUGGAGUAAGAUCAUUAUUCCUGAAGUAUGUCACAAAUAAUGGUGCUCACACAUUUAGCCGAGUGUACCUGCAGUGUUCACCAGAUGUGCCUGAUGCAAUAUUAACAGGAAACAUGGUGAACACAUCUUUCUAUAAUCUCACACUACACUCCCAGCAUUGCUGUCCACUUAAAGCACAAGAUACACUCAGCACAGGCAGCAUUCUCUUGAUAGUGUUUUUCACUACUGUGACUUCCUAUUUUGUUGUUGGUGUGUUAUACAAUAAGACAGUGUAUGCUGCCAGUGGGACGGCACUUAUCCCUCACUACCAAUUCUGGUCUGAUUUGCCAGGACUUAUAAAGGAUGGGUAUCUCUUUUUUAUCAGCCCAUGCCUUGGAGACAGUGUGGAAUACAAGUAUUAUCAGAGACUUUAGUACUUACUCUUUUUUUUUUGUUAAAUGGUUAACAAGAUUCCACCUUCUCAAAAAUGUUAUUACUAGUAAGCAGUUUUACUACCUAUGGUCACAGUUUUGUAAGAAACUUUAGCAGUAUUUUUUUUUAAAUAGUGAACAAGAGAAGCUACCUUCUCAAAAAUGUUACUAGUAAGCAGGUUUACAACAUGUGGUCACAUUUUUGUAAGAGAUUGGUGCUCAGAACACAACAAAAGCAGGGUGUAGGUAAAACUACCACAUCUACUUCUGUGGCAAAUGUCAUGUUAAAUCCAUUCAUUUUAUUUCAUUUGUAAAUAGAAAUAUUGUGAGUGGAUCUGAUAUGGAACUUACCAUUGUCUUUUUAUUUUUGAAUUUUAAUGACUAAAUUACCUCUACUUUUUAAAUGGUAGAAAAAGGAAUGUUACCCUCUAGAAUAAUUCUUGAGCCAAGUAAAGAAUGUUGAUAGGUCUCAAUUUUUUUUUUUACCUUGAAAUAUCCCCCUCAGGCAGUGGCUACUCCAUGAUAGCCAAAUACAUUGUAUUUUUACAGGCAAAGUCAGUUGAUUUACUCUUUAAAUGUAUUGUUUGAUAUCUAGUCUUUUAAAUACAUUGCAAAUGGUCACAUAUUAUCAUUUUAUAAUGAACAGUUUUGUAACAAAAGGGCAAGUUGCAUGUUAAUAUGAAAAUAUGUACCUACUAUUUACUUGUUUUAAAUUAUUUUCUACAGUAUAUUGACAUUUUUACAUUGUGAGUUUUUUUUUCUUUUCCUUAUAUAUUUCCUUAUCUUAUAGAAGAGAUGUAGAGCGCUAUUUGAGAGCCGAGUUUGGUUUAUUUUGAUCUCAGUAUCGCAUCCCACCAUGCUUUUUAGGCAACUGAUUUCCAUGUUUUCCAAGAUACGUGUAUGCAGUCAUUCAGAUGUUUUUGAUUGUUUGUUUGAAGUUAUAUUUCAAGUCAAAGUUACUGACUUAGUCCCAUUUUUUGGAAAUUUUUAUGUUUUUAGAUUUUUUUUAAUGUUAUGCCUCAAAAACCCUUAUAAGCAUAGGUAAUGUGAUAAAUAAUAAAUGUUUUGUAAGCACAAAAUUACAAUGUGUCUUAUUAUUUUUUAAUCUUCCUUAAUUUAAUUUCUGUCCACAAGGUUAAUAACUCAACAAGAGAUAGUAUCACAAUUUUCUCCUUUUAUUCAGAAAUGGGCUUACCCAUAUUGAUAAAAGCAUAAAGAUGUGUACAAAACUUCUCCACAGAUUCAAAUAAAAGAGCUGUGUGCAUGGUUUUAUAACUAACUUCAAUCAAAUUCAACACUUAAAAACCCAUUUAAGGCGUUUUGAGUUACAGCAUUUAGAUUAGAGGAACACUUAUACUCAGACAAAGAAACACAGCAUAGCAUACAUUGUUGCUCCUUUCUAAAUAAUUCUAUCCUUUAUAUAGACAUUCACUGAGGGCAAUGAAAACAGAGUGAUGAUCUAUUUUCCAUUUCAAACAUGUCUGAUUUGAAUAUUCCUCUUGUUACCAAAAGCUACCUUACCCAUCUUAAAACAUAGCUAGUAUUCUAGUUCUGCUCAGAGAUAGUUGUGCAUUCACAAUAUGCAGUUAUAGAUACAUACCGGUAGAGCCACUAGAACCUUAUGUUGCAUAAAGUUUUUCAGUCUUACAUUGUGCAGCUCUUCCCCGUUUGAGGAACAUUUUCAUUAAAAAAAAAA